AUGGAUUUAAAAUUAUUAGCACCAAAAAAUGAUAUAAGAUCUUUGAAAGUUCAAGUAGUUGCUUCUUUUUGUAAUUUGAAGUUAAAUAUUCCUGAAUUUAAAUUAGGAAAAGAUGAUAAAAGUGAAGAAUUUUUAAAACAUUCUCCUUUAGGGAGAUUACCAGUUUUAUUAACUUCUAAUGGUGCCUUAUUUGAAAGUAAUGCUAUUUGUAAAUAUUUAUGCAAUUUAAGAAGAGAACAUAACUUAUUGGGACAAGGAAUUUUUGAAGAAGCAGAAGUAAAUAUGUGGAUGGAUUUUAAUACUUAUGAAUUAGAAAUACCAAUAUGUUGCUAUGUAACCAAUAAAUCAUGUGAAAAAUCUUUAAAUCAUAUAAAGGAUUCUUUUAAUUGUUUAAAUAAUCAUUUGUUAUUAAAUCAAUUUAUGGUAGGAAAUUUUAUUACUCUUGCUGAUAUAUGCAUUUGUGUUAUUAUAAACUUUGCUUUGAAAUCAGAAAAAUUAGAUGAAAGUAUCCUUAAGAAAUAUAAAAACUUACAUAGAUUAUUUGAUACUAUAUCUAAUCAAAAACAGUUCAAGUAUGUUUUUUCUGAUUCUAACAAUAAAAAAGCUCAAGAAAAAAAUAAAAAAGUAGAAAAAAAACCUAAUGAUAAAAAAAAAAAAAAUAGUGAUGAUGAAGAUCAAUUAUUAGAGGAUGAAUUUACUGAAAAAAAACAAAAAAAAACUAAUCCAUUAGAUUUAUUACCACCAUCUUCGUUUUCCCUUGAUGAAUGGAAGUAUAAAUUUAGCAACGAAAAAGACUUACUUAACAAUGCUAUGCCUCAUUUUUGGAAAAUUUUUGAUAAAAAUGGAUGGUCAUUAUUUUAUAUGAAAUAUGAUAAAUUAGAAGAUGAAUGUCAAAUUUCUUUUGUUGCUUGUAAUAUGGCUGGUGGGUUUUUACAAAGAUUAGAAAAUAAUUUUUCUAAAUAUUCAUUUGCUGUUGUAUCUGUUUUAGGAGAAAAUAAAUCAUAUGAUAUUGAAGGAGUUUGGCUAUUUAGAGGUACAGAAAUACCAUUUGAAAUGAAAGAUCAUCCAUCAUUUGAAUAUCAUAUAUUCAAACAAUUGGAUGCAAAUAACGAUAGUGAUAGAAAAAUAGUAGAAGACUAUUGGUGUUCUAAGGAAACAAUAAGUAAUAGACCUGUUGUUGACAGAAAAGUUUGGAAAUAA